AUGAACCGCAUCUUCGGCUCAGCCCCGAAAGGGCCAAAACCGACGCUGAACAGCGCAAUAACAAACGUCGACGACCGCAUCUCCUCAAUCGACGUCAAGCUCUCGUCGCUCACGGCCGAGCUGCAGACCUACCAGUCCAAGCUGUCCAAGAUGCGCGACGGGCCCGGCAAGAACGCCAUCAAGCAAAAGGCGCUCAAGAUCCUGCAGCGGCGCAAGAUGUACGAGGCGCAGCGGGACCAGCUGCAGUCGCAGGUGUGGAACAUGGAGCAGGCGCAGACGAUGCAGGACAACCUCAAGAACACCAUGGCGACGGUCGACGCGCUCAAGACGACCAACAAGGAGCUCAAGAAGCAGUACGGCAAGGUCGACAUUGACAAGAUCGAGCGCCUGCAGGACGAGAUGGCCGACCUCAUGGACAUUGGCAACGACAUCCAGGAGAGCCUCGCCCGGUCCUACGAUAUCCCCGAGGACGUCGACGAGGCCGAGCUCGACGCCGAGCUCGAGGCUCUGGGGAUGGAGGCCGAGCUCGAGCCCGAGAUGGGUGCGGGAUUGCCGAGUUUCAUGCAGGAGGAGCUUCCCGAGUUUGUCGACGACGAGCCUCUGAAGGAGGGCGCCAAGGUCAAGGAGGCUGCUGGUUAG